CUCUCUAAGCCUGCGACUAUAAUGGCUGGUAUUUGUUGGCACUGGUAUGCAAACCAAUUUGAAUAACCUGACCAAGUUUACAAAUAUUUUUUCAAUUCAUUUCUAGUCGGAGUGAUAUCAAAAUAUGUACAACUGUUUGCUUGUAUGUAUAGUCGUCUCUUCCGCUGUACUGGAUUCAUACCAACAAGCAGCCCAAGCCUGCGAAGAUGGUUGGUUUGGACCUGAAUGUCAAUAUAAGUGUCGCUGUCAACAAGCGUGUAGUCCAGAAGGUGAAUGUCCUGGUCAGUGUGACGUUGGUUGGUUUGGUUACAAGUGUCAAUAUAAUCUAGUAAAGUACACUGCUAUAACAAGACAGUCUCAAGACGAUCUUACAUUUGCUUUGAAUGACAACAACGAGAAUACGUGUGUUGCUAUUGGCAACCAGUCAAUUGUUAUCAAUUUAAUGACUAACUCUUAUAGCCCAUGGAUUCGAUUGCAUACACAGGACAUAGACUUACUCUACGCAUUAAAGUUAACUUUCAUAGACACAGACAACCAGACUGCAGUUUUAACAUCCAAAGAAAAAUAUAUAAUCAAAGAUAACGUUGUCGAUAUCCAUAUUGCAAUACAAAAGUUUUAUGUGCGACGUAUAAUAUUAGAAGGGGAAGCAAUACAAAGAAUGUGCUCUCUGUGGAUUAUUAAAGGCCAGAACGUGGCAACAAAACAGAGUGUGUACUACAGUACAUCAGAUAUAGUGGGAAUCGACACAAGCCUUCCCAAGUCUCUCCAAGCCACUGAUGAAGUAAAUACAUGUAACAGAAACGACAAUGGAGUCGUUGGCGCUACCUGGCAGCUAGUGCUGAAAACUCCGUUUGUUAUCAAACAACUUGACAUCAAUGUUAACGACACGGUUGGAGACUUCAGAUAUUUCAGAACAAAACAAUUUGAUAACUUCAAUGAUUUGUAUAGUGCUUACACUUCGCCUAUUCAGCCCUCAAGUAAUUACUAUGGUCUUGUCUUUUCGUAUACUAGACCAACUAAAGUAUUUACAUUUUCAGUGAUUAACUCAGGGACUAAUACAAGUUUAACACUUUUACUGUGUGAAGUAUAUGCUUAUGCAGAUUGCUUUGAGGGAACAUGGGGUGUACAGUGUCAAUACCCAUGCAAUAAAAGCUGCUCUGACAUGUGCCGCUUUGACGAUGGUCUGUGCAAUGAUGGUUGCUUCGGAUAUAGUGACCCACCAAGAUGCUCAAAAGCAUGUGAAUCUGGAACCUGGGGUUUAAACUGUGCCAAGAAGUGCAGCAGCAAAUGUUUCUAUUCAUCGUGUGACCGAAUAACUGGAGCCUGUGAUAUAGGUUGUCAUGGAUACAGUAAUCCACCAGACUGUACUCUGGCGUGCGGACAUGGAACCUGGGGAAUAAACUGUACCAAGACAUGCAGCAAUUAUUGUUUUAACUCAUCGUGUGACAGAAUAACUGGAGUCUGUGACAAAGGAUGUCUUGGAUACAGUGAUCAUCCUGACUGUACCAUAGCAUGUACCGCUGGUUCAUGGGGAGUUAACUGCACCAAUAAAUGCAGCGACAGUUGUGUUGAACUAUCAUGUGACAGUAAGACUGGAUUCUGUGACAGAGGAUGUAAUGGUUCUGACGGUUCAUCCAGCUGUAAUUUAAAAUUUAAGAAUAGUGAAAGUGUUUCACAACAGACCAUUAUAGCUAGUGCAGUAUCAGCAUCAGCAGUACUAAUAGCUAUUAUAAUUUGUAUCAUAGUCUUGAAAGUCAGAGGAGCGUUAUGUUUUAGAAAAGUAAGUAGAACACCUGAGCCUACAGUAAAGCCAGAAGAGAACUUUGACAAUGCUGGCUAUAUAGACAUCGAUGAUUAUAGACUGGCUAAUGGUUCACACAUUUAUGACAAGUUGGCAAAGCCUACAUUUAAAGAGUUCAGUUAUGGAUAACAUACCAGAGGAUCCAUAACAAAAGCCAUAUUUAUAUACAACGUGAAGUGGCCGUUCAAAUCGAUCACAAUAUGGAAGGAAGUCUUACAAAAAAGAAAAAUAUUUAUUGUGUUAUUGUACUUAAAUUACGACUGGACUAAAAGUGAUUAUCGAAUUAAAAAAUAUUUGAUCAUUAUCAAAACCAGUACAGGAUUUUCUAACUAGAGCCAGCACUUUCUUGUAAGCCCCCAAUAAAAUAUAUUAGAGUGUUUUUUUUUAAUAAUUAUGGUUUUAAGUUAAAUAUUUAUUGUUGCACUAUUUUUAUAUUUCUUAAUUUUCAUCAGCUUUUACCAUCAGUAUCCAAAUAUCAAAUGUCAUAGAGCCUUGCGGAAGAGAGAGAAACAAAUAGAUAGAUAGAUAGAUAGAUAGAUAGAUAGAUAGAUAGAUAGAUAGAUAGAUAGAUAGAUAGAUAGAUAGAUAGAUAGAUAGAUAGAUAGAUAGAUAGAUAGAUAGAUAGAUAGGUAGGUAGGUAGGUAGGUAGGUAGGUAGGUAGGUAGAUAGAUAGAUAGAUAGAUAGAUAGAUAGAUAGAUAGAUAGAUAGAUAGGAAUUGAUUCUAAUUUGUGAAAAUAUCUAUUAUCUCCUUAAAUUUAAAAAAAAAAUAUAUAUAUAAUUUGCAAUGUUGCUGUCACAGGUUGAAAUGUAUAUACUAUAUAUUUACUGUUUUUAUUUAAAAGAAUUUUUUUAUUAAGUAAUCUUAAAGUUGGUCGUAAGUAAUAG